AUGCCGCCGAAGCAGGACUUCUCUCUCAAGGAGAUAAAACCAAACAUUGAUGGAGGAAAAACCUUGACUCCCAAUAUGCUCACCUUGGUUGAACCACUAUAUUUCGUGUACGUAAGAGUUGUAGGAGCUGCCCACUUGCCAGUGAAUCAAGCUACUGGCACUUGUGACCCUUACGUUGAAGUGAAGACAGGAAACUAUAAGGCAACAACCAAGCACGCUCAACGUACAUUGGCCCCUAUAUGGAACCAAGUGUUUGCUUUCAACAAAGAUCUUCUUCAAUCAAAGACUAUAGAGAUUUUGGUGAGGGAUAAGGCAGCUGUGACUAAUGCGAGCAUUGGUAGUAUUACUGUUGUUAUAGGUGAUAUCCCUGCUCGGCUUCUGGGGGAUUCUUCACCGACACCACAGUGGUAUAAACUUGCAGAUCAGAAUGGAGUUCCUGGUAGAUCAGGAGACUUGAUGUUGGCAAUAUGGGUAGGGAAUCAAAUGGAUGAUGCAUUUUCAGUAGCUUGGCAUUUAGAUGCAGCUUCUGUUAGCGUUGACAAGGUAUCUAAUACUCGUCCACAGGUGUACUAUUCACCAAGACUCUGGUAUCUUAGAGUUAAGGUGAAUAGUGCUCAGGAUUUGGUGGUUUCGGAUCCAAAUCGAAAACCGGAAGUUUAUGUGAAAGCUACAUUGGGGAAUAAGGUUUUGAAGACUAAGGUUUCGAAGAACAAGAGUGCGAAUCCAUGCUGGAAUGAGGAAUUAAUGUUUGUUGUAGAUGAGCCAUUUGAAGAUGCAUUGAUUCUGAGUGUGGAAGAUGAUCGAGGAGAUAAUAAGGUGGAUUAUUUAGGGAGGUGUGUUAAGCCUUUGCAUAAAAUUACUCAGAGACUCCUGCCUCCCUUUCCAAGUGAAGAGAUAAUUAAUCUUAAAAGGUACGGAGUGUUAGGUGAGGAGCCGACAGAGAAAUUUUCUAGCAAGCUUCGUGCCACUAUAUUUUUGGAUGGUGUGUAUCAUGUUUUUGACGAACCUGCUCUAUUCAGUACUGAUUUGACUGCAACAUCACCUAAACUGAAGCCAGGUAAAGUUGGAGAUUUGGAGUUGGGGAUCUUAAAAGCUGAAGGGUUGGUGCCAAUGAAAUCUAAGAAUGGUUUGGAAACUACUGAUGCUUUUUGUGUGGCCAAAUAUGGACAGAAGUGGGCAAGGACUAGCACUGUUGUCAGCAGUCUAGCUCCAAAAUGGAUGAAACAAUAUCAAUGGGAUGUUUACGAUCCAUGCACAGUGAUUGCAAUUGGAGUUUUCGAUAACGGUAAUUUACAAGUAGGGGAUGGAUGGUAUGACACAUUAAUUGGCAAGGUAAUCAGGAUUCGGCUCUCGACACUAGACUUUGGUCGUAUAUAUAAAUAUGCUUAUCCUCUGAUAGCCUUGAAGCCCGAUGGGGUUAAGAAAAUGGGGGAACUUCAUUUUACUCUAAGAUUUAACUUUACAAAAACAUGGGGUGAUAUGGUAUACCAAUAUACACAGCCUUUGCUUCCCAAAACACAAUAUACUAACCCAAUGUCUGUGUAUCAAAUAGAUAAUUUAAGGCACCAGGCUGUUCAAUGCAUAACUUGGAGACUCGCCCGUUCUGAUCCACCAUUAAGCAGAGAGGUGGUGGAGUCUAUGUUGAAUGGACCGCAAUCUGUAUGGAGCCUCCGGAGAGGAAGAGUGAAUUUCAUAAGAGUCAUGGAAUGUUUGAAUUGCUUUGUGACAGCUUGGAAUUGGUUUGACGACCUACGCCAGUGGAAGAAUUCAGGGAUAACAGUUUUGGCCUGGGCAGCGUUUGUUUGUGCCAUAUGUUAUUCAGAGAUGAUCAUUCCAGGUUUGCUUUUGUUUCUCUUCUGUUAUGGUCUUCAGAACUAUUUGAAGAGGGCCAGAGAUAUUCCAUAUCUGGAUACAAAGUUAUCUCAAGUUGAAACUGAGAAUGUUUUAGACUUUGGAGAAGAGUUAGAUUCAUUCCCGACGUCAGCGCCACCGGAUGUGUUGAGGUUAAGGUAUGAUAUAUUGAGAAGCACUGGAUAUAGAAUAGAAUCAGCAGUAGGCAACUUGGCAACUCAAUUGGAGAGGUUUCAUUCUAUAUUAUCGUGGAGGGAUCGAAGAGCUACCUUAAUCUUUAUGCUUUUCUGUUUCAUAGCUAUCAUUGUGUUUUUCUUUGUGCCUUUCCGGUUGCUUUCUAUUCUUUUUGCCACAUACCUGUUAAGGUCUCCAAGAUUUCGAGUUACUCUUCCACCAAUACCUCAAAACGUAUUCAGGAGAUUGCCUACCAGAGACGAAUGCUUGCUUUGA